AUGAAGCUACAAAGAGUGGCCAUCAUUGGCGCCGCCGCCGCGCCGGUGAGUCGUUAUGGUCGCCCCUAUGGCGCUAGACCCGCAAUCAGCGAGGCGGAUCUUCUCAGCCAGAUCGCCGCUGAGGCACUGAACGAAUCGUCGGUGAAUCCACGGGACGUGGGCUCCGCGGUAUUUACGAUGGUCUCUCCCAAUACGCUACAGCAGGGCUUUGCUUCCCAUAUGUCAUCGCGCCUGGGAUUGCGUUGCAGCGGGCAGAUUUCCCAGGUGAUGGAGAUGGGCAUUACUGGGGGCCUGGCGUUUGACCAGGCGGCAGCAGACAUUGCUUUGGGUCGGGCUGAUUUUUCUCUCGCCUUGGGCGCGGCCUUUACCUCCUCGGGCAAUCCUGACAAUGCCAUGGAGAUGGGGUUGCGGGUGGUGGGUGACGCUGAAUUUCAGGCGCCCUUUGGUGUAACGCCGAUCGCCUGGUACGCCAUGGACGCGCAGCGAUAUAUGUAUGAGACUGGCGCCACCCGUGAGCAGUUGGCGGCCGUAGCGGUGAAAAGCCGGCGGGCCGCGAUGAGCAAUCCCCUGGCCCAGUUCCGUGAUCCACUGAGCUUGAGUCAGGUACUUUCAGCGCGCUGGAUUGUUGAACCCCUGGGCCUGUUUGAUGUGCCUGCGAUGGCAGAUGGUGCGAUAUGCCUGGUGUUGGCCAGCGAGGACGCAGCCCGUGAAUCGGGUCAGCCGUUUGUGACCGUAAACGGGCGAGGUUUUUAUCAUGACGGCCGACAUCAGAUCGGCGCGGAGCCCAGCGAUAUCACCGCCUUUGAAUCGCUGCGCCGCGCGGGGCCGGCAGCGCUUACCGAGGCUGGCAUUUCCCUGGCCGAUAUUGAUCUCACGGAAAUCUACGCACCGUGCACCAUUACCGAAGUACUGGCCACUGAGGCUCUGGGCUGGUUUGAGCGAGGGGUCGGCGCCUUCGCCGCGGAGCGCGGCGAGACAGCCAUUGACGGCGCCAUUCCGGUUAAUCCCUCUGGCGGGUGUUUGUCCAGGGGUCACCCGCCGGCGUUAACCGGUCUGUAUGGAAUGCUCGAAUUGCGUGAGCAAUUGUUGGGAAAGUCUAAAAAUCGUCAGGUGCCAAAAGCUACACUGGGAUUGAAUACCUGCGAGGCGGGGAACUAUAACGCUGCCCUGGUGCACGUGCUGGAGGGUCCUCAAUGA